UCAAUGAAUGCUAUUAAUACGAUUGCAGGUAAAUUGGCAGAAUGAGGAGCAGCAAAUCAAAAGAGGUGCCUUUACCAAAUCCAAGGAACUCUCAAAGCAAGGAUACUGUUCAAGCAGAUACAACCACAUCGUGGGAUGCACUUUCUCAGACCAAGGCUGCUCUGAGGCACAUUGAAAACAAGUUAGAAGUAACCCCUACAAGUACAGCUGUGUUUGAUUCUGUUAUGGAUACCAAGAAAUCUUCUGCAAGUGCUGCCCGAAAAAUAAAUAGAAAAGAUGGUAGAUACCUGGAUGAUUCUUGGCUUAAUGCUCCAACCUCCAAAUGUUCUAAAUCGCGGAAAGAGAAAUCUCGUCGCCCUCUCAGAGUCACCACCCUAGAGAGUAAUGUAAAGAAAAAUAAUCGUGUGGAAUUCCGUGAACCUUUGGCUUCUUACAGGGAAAUUCAUGGCACACCUUCCAAUGUAAAUCCCAGCCCUUUAGAGUCAAAGCAUGUAUAUUGUGUGGAUGUUACUGAAGAAAAGCCUGAGAAUGGGAAUCGGAUUGUAAGCAAUCGAGAAGAACGGAAUAUACGUUGCUGUGAUUUUGAGAGUUCCCAGUCAUCUGUCAUGAAUGAUACUGUUGUUAGGUUUUUAAAUGAUCGACCAGCAAUUGAUGCAUUGCAAAAUUCGGAAAGUUUGAUAAAGAUGGCAACUCCUAUGAGAACUGAGGAAGAAAAGCCUAAUAGAACAAAAGGAAAUGAGAACAAUUUGAAGGCUUCUGUCAGUAACAUGGGCCAUGAUGUUGAUCCGAAAGUGUUACGGCUAACUGACUCUUCUCCCUCUUCUACGAGUACUUCUAAUUCCCAAAGAUUAGAUAUCUUAAAGCGGCGACAACAUGAUGUCAAACUGGAGAAACUCAAGGAGCGGAUUAGGAAACAGUGGGAACACUCAGAAGAAACAAAUGGCCGGGGCCAGAAUCUGGGUCAUAUUGACCACCCAGUAAUGGUUGUUAAUGUUGAUAGCUCAGUGACAGCAAAAGUCAGGAAAGUGGCAACAGCACCACCUGCUCCAGCUUAUAAAGGCUUCAAUCCUUCAGAGACCAAGAUUCGGACCCCUGAUGGCAAAGUGUGGCAAGAGGCUGAGUUUCAAAACAUGAGUAGAGAACUGUAUCGAGACUUAGCACUUCACUUUGCAGAUGAUAUCUCAAUGAAAGAGAAACCUGUUGAGAAAAGCAAAGAGAAGAAAGUGGUCAAGCCAGUACGAAAAGUCCAAAAGGUAGCACAGUUUUCAAGUCCAGAAUGCAAAACAGGUAGCAGUCGUCUGAUAAGUACGUCUUCUUGGAGAGAUGGACAAAAAUUAGUAAAGAAGAUUCUGGGACCUGCACCCAAAACGGAACAAAAAGAGCGAAGAACAGUAUCAAGUGACAGAAGUGGAAGAGAGAGAACUACUAAAUCUGGGGGUCAUAUUGGAAGAGCAGAAUCUGAUCCCAGGUUGGAUGUUUUACAUAGACCUCUUCCACGGAACUUGGAACGUUCAAGAAGUCGAGCUCGGUCUGAAAAUAAUAUAAAGAAAGUAGUUCCAUCUCUUUCAGAUAAUAAACAGGAGGAAAAUACUGCCUUAAAUAAGGACUUUUUACCUGUUGAAAUUCGUGGAAUUCUUGAUGACCUACAGCUGGAUUCUGCAGCUCAGGCAACAAGGCAAGAGACUGGAGAGUUACAGAAUCAGAAGUCAUCAGCACCACUACAAGCUUCAAGGAGUCAUAGUCCAGUAAAAAGAAAACCUGACAAAAUAACAGCUAGUGAAGAUCCCCCUGUUAUUUCUAAAAAGCGUCACUAUGACACAGAUGAAGUCCGACAGUACAUUGUAAGACAGCAGGAGGAAAGGAAGAGGAAGCAAAAUGAAGAGAAGAAGGCUCAAAAGGAGGCCACUGAGCAGAAGAACAAACGAUUACAGGAGCUCUAUCGGAAGCAGAAAGAAGCCUUUACUAAAGUAAAAAAUGUGCCUCCUUCUGAACCCUCAGCAACUAGGCGACUGCAGGAAACUUACUCCAAAUUGCUACUAGAAAAGACCUUGCUUGAAGAGCCGACUCAUCAACAUGUUAUGCAGGAAACACAGAUUAGACCAGGGUAUCAGCCAUCUGGAGAAUCUGACAAAGAAAACAAAGUGCAGGAACGUCCCCCAAGUGCAUCUUCCAGCAGUGACAUGUCUCUGUCAGAACCUCCACAGCCUCUUGCAAGAAGGGACUUGACAGAACCUGCAUGGAUGCAGCCUGACAGAUUGAGCCCACGAGUCCACCAUUCUCAACCACAGCCUCUUGUUGGAACAGCUGGAAAUUUACUCUCCCAUCUCUUGAGUCUAGAGCAUGCAGGGUUUUUGCAUAAGGAUUUUGAAUCUAUUUUACCAACCAGGAAGAACCCUAAUAUUGCUUCAGGGCCAUUAACUUUUACACCUCAACCAUAUCUGACCUCACCAGCUGCUCAUCCAGAUGCCUUGUUAAAAUCUAGUGCCAGCCAAUAUAAGAGUAAACUAGAUCGUAUUGAAGCCUUGAAAGCAACAGCCGCUUCUUUGUCCAGCAGGAUUGAAAGUGAAGCCAAGAAAUUAGCUGGGGCUAACAUUAAUUAUGGGUCAGUGUGGAACACUGAGUGUGAUGUGCAGCAGACACCCCAAGAAGAUGGACUUUGGGCCAAGGCUGUAAGUCCACCUGUGAAAGAGGAUACUGAAGAUGUUUUUUCUGCCCGAAUUCAAAAGAUGCUGGGAACCUGUGUAUCUCAUGCAGCGUUUGAUGAUGAGCUUCCUGGUGUAGGCAACCUUAGUGAAUUUAAAAAGCUUCCUGAGACGAUAAGACCUCACAGUGCCAUCUCAAGCUUCAGAAUGAGAUCGCCUGGUCCCAAACCAGAAGGGUUACUGGCACAGUUGUGUAAGAAGCAGACAGACUCAUCUAGCUCUGAUCUGCAGGCUUGUUCUCACAACAAAGCCAAAAUGUCCCUUUGUUCCAGCACAGACUCAGUCAGUGAAGGGCCUCUUCUUAGUGAGGGGAGUCUCUCUGAAGAAGAGGGAGGCCGAGAUCGACGACCCCCUUUGAAGAUAGCAGACAUCUUAAAAGAAAAGGAAUUCUGUGCUGGAGAAAGAAAUGCUUAUGAACCCAUCAAAGAGUUUCAGAAGGAGGCUGAAAAAUUCUUGCCACUUUUGGGGCACAUAGGUGGUACACAAAGCAAAGGACCAUGGGAAGAAUUGGCAAAGGGAAGUCCACAUAGUGUCAUUAAUAUUUUUACAAAAUCAUAUCAGUCAUAUGGAAAAGGGUUUGAAGACAGGUUGGAAAGAGGAACAUCCACAUUGCGGCCUUUGAAUGCCAACACAAGUCCUCUAAGCAGUGUUUCAUAUGAAGAUGAUUUUGUCUCCUCUCCAGGGAGUGGGACUUUGACAGAAAAAAAAUCAUCUCUUGAACCUAGUAUUGGUGGUAGCAAUUUGGGCGUUAAGGAUGACCAUUCUAGCAGGAAGUCAGCUUAUGAUCUUUCCUCUGUGGAUGUUACCUCCCAGCAUUCAUCAGGGGCCCAGUCUGCUGCAUCGUCUCGUUCAUCUACUUCUUCUAAAGGAAGGAAAGGAAAAAAGGAAAAGAUAGAAUGGCUGGAUUCACUCACUGGAAACAUUCAGAGCUCACUUCUUGAUGAGGAAAAAGUACACUCUGGCUCAGAACGUGGCUCUCAUCAAGGGAAAAAGUCUGAGACCGGCAGCAAACUUUCUGUCAGAGACUAUGAGCAGACUCUUGACACAGAGAGCACUUUGGAGGAUCUUUCUGGGCAUUCUUUGAGUGUCUCAUCAGAUAAGGGAAGAUCUCAGAAAACUCCAACUUCUCCCCUAUCUCCAAGUUCCCAGAAACUGUUGCAGUUUGACCUUCCAGGAACUUCGUUAGAAAGAUCUAAGUCCUCAGCUAUAAUGCCUUCAUCUAUAGCAGGACUCAAGCCUAAUGCAGCUUUUCCUGAUGUGAGCAUGGCUGCCAGCAGAGCAUCUGCAGAGAUGACUUCAACACCAGGUUCUAAACGCUUUUCUCCUGCUGGCCUCCAGCAUCGUAUGGCAGCUGAACUGAGUUACUUGAGUGCCAUUGAGGAGUCUGUGCGUCAGCUCUCAGAUGUAGAAAGAGUUAGAGGCAUUUCACUUGCUCAGCAAGAGAGUGUGUCUCUAGCUCAGAUCAUAAAGGCACAGCAGCAACGCCAUGAAAGAGACUUGGCCCUUUUGAAAUUGAAGGCUGAACAAGAGGCUCUAGAGUGUCAGAGACAGUUAGAAGAAACCCAAAACAAAGCAGCUCAGGUCCACGUGGAAUCAUUACAACAGGUGGUUAAGUCACAACGGGAUGUAACUGAAGUCCUGCAGGAAGCAACUUGUAAAAUAGCCGCGCAGCAGACAGAGACUGCUCGCCUCACCACAGAUGCAGCACGCCAGAUCUGCGAGAUGGCAGAAUUGACUCGAACUCAUAUCUCAGAUGCCAUUACUGCUUCAGGAGCUCACCUAGCAACACUGUACGACCACCAGCGCCAACAUGCUCCAGACUUCGUGAAACAAUUGAGGACCAGAGCUGAAACAGAUAGGAAAAAUCAGUCUGUUUCACUCUCUCACAAUAAAGAAGGGACCUCUGACUCAAAGCAUCAGAAGUAUUCGUCUUCAUUUGAUAGUUAUUCUGAAUCUUCAAGAUACAAGAAUCACGAUAGAAGCAGGAGUAGUAGUAGCAGCAGCCGUCAGGAAAGUCCUUCAGUUCCCUCUUCUAUGGAAAAUGAGAAGAAACUUCACAGUGGCAAGAUGGAAAGUUCUAUUGAUGAACAGGUUCAGACUGCUGCGGAUGAUUCACUACGGAGUGACAGUGUACCAUCUCUUCCCGAUGAGAAAGAUUCAGCUUCUAUUGCAACAGAAUAUUCCCUGAAAUUUGAUGAAUCCAUGACAGAAGAUGAAAUAGAAGAAAAAUCAUUUCGAUCUUUAUUACCUUCUGAGAGUCAUCGCAGAUUUAACAUGGAAAAGAAAAGAGGCCAUCAUGAUGACUCUGAUGAAGAAACUUCCCCAGAAAAGACUACGUUAUCUUCUGCCAAGCUGAGCAUGCCAUUCUCAGGAGGACAAGAUAGCUUUUCUAAGUUUACUAUGGAGAUGGUUCGACAGUAUAUGAAAGAAGAGGAAAUGAGGGCAGCUCACCAAUCUUCACUCCUGCGUCUCCGUGAAAAAGCCUUGAAGGAGAAAACUAAGGCUGAAUUAGCCUGGCUAGAGCAUCAGAAAAAACAUCUACGAGACAAAGGAGAAGAUGAUAAAAUGCCUCCACUUCGGAAGAAACAGCGUGGUUUGCUCUUGAGGUUGCAGCAAGAGAAGGCAGAAAUUAAACGUCUUCAAGAAGCCAAUAAAGCAGCUCGGAAGGAAAGACAGCUGAUUCUUAAACAGCAGGAGGAGAUAGAAAGGAUCCGACAGACUACCAUAAAACUUCAGGAGAAGUUAAAGUCUGCAGGGGAGAAUAAAUUGGACUCUCAUAGUGAUGAUGAUACAAAGGAUAAUAAGGCAGUCAGUCCUGGUCCAACUGACUUGGAGACCCGCAGUCCUUCCCCCAUUUCCAUCUCUAGUAGUGAAACUAGCAGCAUUAUGCAGAAACUGAAGAAAAUGAGAAGCCGCAUGGAUGAAAAGUUUCUGACAAAGCGGGAGCAAAAACUAAUGCAACGGCGACAACAUGCAGAAGAGCUGCUAGAGUGGAAGCGACGCUUAGAUGCAGAGGAAGCAGAAAUUCGUCAAAUGGAAAAACAAGCUUUGGCUGCCUGGGACAAAGAAUUAAUAAAACCUAAAACUCCUAAGAAAGAAUUGGAAGACCAGAGAACAGAACAGAAAGAAAUAGCAAGUGAGGCGGAAUCUCCAGUACCUUCCUACUCUCAUGUACACAGUGAAAUAUCUAUUCCGGAAGAGUUGGGCAGCCCUGCUGUGGAGUAUGUACCGUCCGAGUCCAUGGUUCAGGAGCAGCCGGGUAGUCCAGACCACAGUAUACUUACUGAAGACAUGGUUUUUUCCCAAGAGCUGGAAUCCUCUCCUUCUCCUAGUAAACAUUUCCCAUUUGGUUUUCUGUUUCAACAGUCACCUCCCAAAAGCUGUACAUCUGUGUCAAAGCAGGAGUCUAGCAAAGGAAGUAAUAAGACUGGAGGACAGUGUCGUCUGCCUGUCAAGUCCCAUCAACCCUGUUACAGUUGGUCAGAUGAGUCAUUAUCUAUGACACAGUCAGAAACUACAUCUGACCAGAGUGACAUUGAAGGUAGGAUCAGAGCUCUGAAGGAUGAACUGCGGAAAAGAAAAUCAGUGGUGGACCAGUUGAAGAAGGAGCAGAGAAAACGGCAAAAGGAGAGACUGAAAGCCCAGGAGGCCAGCCUGAUCAAGCAGUUAGAGUCAUAUGAUGAAUUCAUUAAGAAAACUGAAGCCGAGCUUAGCCGAGAUUUGGAAACAUCACCAACAGCCAAGCCUCAGAUCAAAACGCUCUCCUCAGCUUCUGAAAAACCCAAGAUCAAGCCCCUUCCACUACACAGAUCUGAAACAGCAAAGAAUUGGAAAUCACUAACAGACUCAGAACGUUCCAGAGGAUCCCUGGAGUCUAUUGCUGAACAUGUCGAUGCUGUAUUGGCAGGUUCUGAGAGAUCUGUAUCAGAAAGGUCUCUAUCUGCUUAUGCAAAGAGAGUGAUUGAAUUGGACAGUCGAACAGAAGAGCAUUUUCAGACUUCGUCUCCAAUUCUUAGAUCAUCAAGGAAAAUCAGAGCAGAAUCUGGAGAUUCUGUAGAAAAUAUACCUUCAUUAUCUCUUCCCAAAGAAUUAAAUGCCCCUAAUAGAAUUCUGGAUGUGCCAGAUGCCAAGGUUGAAGAAGAAGCUAGUCAAAAAUCAGAAAUACGAGAAGUAAAAUACACAAAAUUGGAGGACAGUGUGGUUGAAGAAGCCUAUUUUAAAGAACCUCAGAAGUCUGAUGUCUUACUAAAACUAGACCUGGAACAGGGAGAUUCAUCUGAAAUUCUUUCAAGGAAAGAUCUUUCUUUAGAUGCUAUAAAUGUUCAGAAAGACUUAGUUAGAUUAGCCAUUGAAAAUCUUAAUAAAAAAGAAUUGAAAGAGAGACAGUCAGGUCAAGAUAUGCAUCAUAGUCGAAACAUCCAAUCAGAAAGAGAUAUUCAUCAACAAAAGAACAUAAAGGAAAGGGACUUGUCUUCGUCAGAACAUCUUUUUGCUCCUAAAGAGAUAUCAUUCCCUGAAGAUUUUGAAGUGUCUUCUUUCAAGAAAGACAUUUCAGCUGAAUUGUGCAAAGAUGACUUUGAGGUAUCGUCUUUGUUGUCACUCAGGAAGAACUCUCAGUCUUGCCAAGAUAAGUUACAACCAACAAGAAGCUCUAACAGUAAAGCCAAUAGCUUUGGUACUGAUGAUGAAAUUAGCGAGUGCCUCAGUGACAAAAGCCUUUCUAUUCAUAGCAAUAUCCACUCCGAAAGGCUGUUAGAACUCAAGUCCCCUACUGAGCUCAUGAAAAGUAAAGAGCGCAGUGAUGUAGAACAUGAACAGAGAGUUACUGAAUCCUCUUCUUUCGCUUCAGUUCCUGUUGCAGAUGAGUUACCUGAUUUCCACAUCGGUGAUAGGGUGUUGAUUGGCAAUGUUCAACCAGGAAUUCUUCGAUUCAAAGGUGUGACUAGUUUUGCUAAAGGAUUUUGGGCUGGCGUGGAACUGGAUAAACCUGAAGGAAAUAACAAUGGAACAUAUGAUGGUAUUGUAUACUUUGUGUGCAAAGAGAAGCAUGGUAUUUUUGCUCCUCCCCCCAAAAUAUCUCAUAUUCCAGAAACCUUUGAAGACUAUGUAGACAUAAAUGAAGAUGAAGACUGUUAUCCAGAUGAACAAUAUCAAUACAAUAACCAAGAACAAAAAGAUACAGAGGGUCUCACAUUUGAUAGAAAAAAGGAUGCAAUUGAAUAUUUAUAUGAGAAAUCUUUACCUAGCAUACCCAGUGAAGAACCCUCAGUUGAUAGAAGCCUUAAAAUAGAAACAGACAAUGUACAGGACAUUUCUGGGGUACUUGAAGCCCAUGUUCAGCAGCAGUCUCCAGUGGAUUUACUAAUUUUUUCAAAGGAAAACAAAGACCUUGUUUCUGGUGCCACAGAAGAGGUUUCCAUUGCUGUAGAAGACGAUACUUUAGACAAUACCUUUUCUGAAGAGUUAAAGAAGCAACAGCAGUUUACAGAAAAGGAAGAGAACCUGUAUCCUGAGGUUUCAGAAAAGUUUUCUACCCCACUUCUGGACCUUUUAACAAGAGAAAAGAAUCAAUUGGAAGCCCAACUGAGGUCAUCACUAAGUGAGGAAAAAAAGUCAAAGCAGCAACUAGAAACAGUCAGCUUGCUAACAGAUAGUUUACUGACAGUCUUUGUGACAGACACAGUCAGUCAGCUACAACAAAUUAAAAAAGCUAGGAAUGAGAAAAUCCAGCUCAGCAAUCAAGAGCUUUGUGAUGAUGAUCAAAAGAAAGUAGCAUGCCAAGGCCUAGCCCAGACUCAGGAGGAGCCUUCACCCGGUGCUCCAGGUGGCUUCUUAACAUCUGAAUUGGAAGAUGAAAAAGAAGAGAUUUCCUCACCAGAUAUGUGUCCCAGACCUGAAAGUCCGGUGCUUGGUGCCAGUGGGCAGGAAGAGCUUGCUAAGAGGCUUGCUGAACUUGAGAUCAGCCGGGAGCUCCUGAGCGUGCUGGGGGAGGAUCAAGACUGGUUUGACGAAGAUUUUGGUUUGAGCUCUUCUCACAAGAUCCAAAAAAAUAAGGCAGAAGAAACCAUUGUACCUCUAAUGGCAGAACCUAAAAGAGCUCUCCAAAAGCCGUGUGAAACACUCUUGGCCGUCCCCCAUACUGCAGAGGAAGUGGAAGUUCUUGUACACAGUGCAGCAGAAGAACUUUGGAAAUGGAAAGAAUUGGGUCAUGAUCUUCAUAGCAUCAGUAUUCCUCUAAAGCUGCUUGGCUGUGCCAGUAAGGGUCUGGAUAUAGAAAGCACUAGUAAAAGGGUCUACACACAGGCGGUUUUUGAUUUAACAAAAGAGAUUUUUGAAGAAAUAUUUGCUGAGGAUCCCAACUUGAAUCAACCUGUCUGGAUGAAACCAUGCAGAAUCAACUCUAGUUAUUUCCGACGAGUGAAAAACCCAGAUAGCCUUGAUGAAAUCAAGAACUUCAUAGCAACAGAAGUACUCAAGUUGUUCAGUCUUAAAAAGGAGCCAAACCACAAAACAGAUUGGCAGAAAAUGAUGAAAUUUGGAAGAAAGAAAAGAGACCGAGUGGAUCACAUCCUGGUCCAGGAGCUCCAUGAGGAGGAGGCCCAGUGGGUGAACUAUGAUGAGGAUGAGUUGUGUGUGAAGAUGCAGCUAGCUGAUGGAAUCUUUGAGACCUUGAUCAGAGAUACUAUUGAUGUUCUGAACCAAAUCAGUGAAAAACAGGGGAGAGUGCUCCUUGUGUGACAUCUUGCAAAUAAAUCGAACACUGAGUGCUAAUAUGAGUCCUAGGCCUUUCUGCCUCCUGACCCACACCCCCAUCUCCAUCACAGCAAGAGCGCUUCUGGACCGGGAACCUAUUCUCAGACGACUGGUUUGGAGCCCACGGGACGAUGCAGUAUAUCUGGUAUUGCAGCCUCUGCCUUUAGAGACUGUCCACUGGAUAAUUGUUGAUGUUCAGUGGGCAGGGUUGCCCGCCUGAUGUUGAUACACAGUAUAAUUCUACACCUCUUGUUAGCACCCCUACUGGGUCUCAGAUGAGGGCUGAAAACUCCAGACUUACCUCGUAGCUUAGAUUAGGGUAUCACUUCUCAGUCUGAAGUCAGGCAGGAGAGGCAUAUAGAUAAAUGCAUCAUGCCAUUUUUAAAAUGUAACCCUGGUCCGUAAUAGUCUCUAAACAGUAUUAAACCCUCAACUACUUCUAAAUAGGCAGGUUUGAUAGUGAGUGCCUGUUGCACAUUCUGGAGUUCGUUUCGCUUCUGUUCGAAGACCAUUCUCUUCCCUUGUAGUGGAGCAGCAUCAAGCAGACUGCAGGCUAACAGAGAUUAGUGGCAGCCUUGCUUAAUCAGCACCAUUUUCAAGAGUCGUGAACCUUCGCAUGGUUUUUAGUUUUCUUUAUAUGGGCACAAGAACAAAGAAAUGCCCUCACUGAAGACUGGGCUCAAAGCAUCGAUGCAGGGCUGGCUCUUCUGCCUCUUGUCUGCCCCACACUUUUCUUACUCUUCUGAACCUCUGCUGCUGCUCCAGAGUCACAGACCCUCAGGACAUCUCAGGCAUCCGGGCAGCAGUGGAAGCCAUUCAUUUUGGCCUUCAAACUUCCAGCUCCCAUCUCUCCCCGAGAAAUCAGAGAUGCUGUUACUUGAAUGAUUUAGGAAAUGAGUGUGUGCACCAAAGACAAAAAGAUACUGUCUGUUGUUUGUGUGCUUGUUUUGUGCUACAGAACAUUUUUUAAUUUAUUUUAAGAUAAAUUAUUAAGCUGAAAAUGUGUGUCCCUAUUCAGAAGCAAAAUACCCUCCUUACAAUAGUUCCACUCCAUCUUGAAGCCUCUCUGGUCGUGGUCUUCGCACAGGAAACCUGCAGUUUUAAACCCACACAAAUGCUGAAGAAGGCGUUUUAGUUCGGUGAAGAGAAGAUCGCUUUUCCAAGAUCCCCUGCGGAAGCAGGAAUGGGAUAAAGUGAUUUAAAGACAUUGUAAAAUUCAGUUCUGCCUCUCUUGAUGUGUUGCUUCUCACAACUAUUACUUGUGUCUGAGAAGUGAUCUAGACUCCAGCUGCUACAUGAGAGCCGCCCGAUGCUCUCCGGGACCACAGUGCCCUGCCUUCCUGACUGGUUCCUAAUCAGUCCUGUCCUUCAAGUAUCUAGAAGAAUGUGGAUAAUCUUAGGCGUGAAUGUAAAUGCCUUAAUGUCGAAGGUCCCAAUUAGAAGCAUGAUAGAAGACAUCCACUGCAUUUCUACUUACAGAGAUUCUGGAAUGUUAUAGCUUCAACACGUUAGAAAAACCCCAAAGACGGUAUAAUCUUUACGUGUGCACGUUCAUUCAUUUCUGCAUCUUUCCUCCAAACCUGCCUUUGCGUCUCCAAUGCUCACUAUGCACACUUCCAUUCCUUUUUGGUUUCAUCUUGUCAUUAUGCGAGACUUACUGAAAUAACAUUGGACUAUUUGCAUUUUGCACAAUGACUGGUAUGAUAGCUCUUGACAAAUAAGGAAAGCACUGAUUCAAUGUGGUGAUUGGAUCUUGGGAACCGCUCAGAUCGAUGUGUUGCCAGCAUUUCUUCUAGGCUUUGGAUGCUGAGCUCUAGUCUCGUAGCCAUAUGAGCAAAUGAACUAAGAGAAGCUGGGGCUUCUGGGUUGUUAACCAGUAGUGUGGAGAUGCAUUUUCACUGGCCAAGGGGAAGCAGAGGCUCUCUUUCCAGCUUGGAAGACAGCAGGUCUUCUUGUCUACAUCCUUUGGCUGUUUGUAGGAUAACAUUGUCCUUAGGAUACUGAAACAUUACAGCUGCUGUAAAUUUUUUAUAAAGGAAUAUAAAGAUAAUAUAAUAGGAAUAUAGGUUGUUUUUUUACAUCCUCAUUGUUUGGACCUAAAUCAGUUUUUAAUAAGAAAGUUUAUCUUUAUUCUUUAUAACAUUAUGAUUCCAGAAAAGGAAAGAAAUACUGUAAGUCCGUGGAAUCGGCACCUGGGCCCAGAGUGCCCCGGGGAGGGUGCUGCCCAGAGCACGGGGGCAGCAGCCCGGACACGCCCGCCGUCCUCACCACCCGGGAGUCCGGGCUCCAGAUGAGACGCAUUCCUGACCAGUCUUACUCCUGGCUGGAAGUGAUUAUCCAUAGUUUGCUAGCAGAAAACAAAGGAAUCUAUAAUUAGCAGAUUUCUUAUCAUUUUAAUCAUUUGGACAUAAUUGAAAGGGGUUUAUUUUUAGGAUUGGAGAGAUAAAUAUGGAUACCCAGCCUCUUGUUCCAUAUUGGGAUCUUUUUAAUCAAGUUCUGCCUCGUAACCACAAAUCUAAAUGUUCCCUCUUUGUAAUCUUUGUUCCUUCUCCCCACGCUCCCAUCCUCUUUCACUUUCUUCAUGAUUCCUCUGAGAAAAAGAUCUUUGCAUCAGCAGUAAUAUCUUUUAGAAUAGCACUCAGAAUUUAGUAGUAAACCAACAUACAGGCUUCAGAUUUACUUCUGAGUCCAAAACAAUUUGUGCUAUCCAGGGUGCUUGACUCUGGGUUAACUAAGUACAGGGUAUCGAUUCCCUCUUCAGGUCUAAACAGGAAUUUUUACUCUAGGGAAAAGUGGGAAAAGCUCAAAAGUAGUUAAUAAGGAAGGUAAUUUGUUUUUCUUUUACCUAAAAGAAAGGAAAAUUCCUUCUGUGACUACAGGUCUCUGAGAAAUUAUCUUUCAGAAGAGAUUUCAUUGCUCAUAAGAGUGUUGUGGCCUAUUGAUAAAAACAAUUUUGUUCACUUUCUUGUCUUGAAAAAAGUGGCCUUAGCUUUUUGCAAUACUUGAAUGAAGUGUGUACUCACACAGCAUUAGAGACUCAGCUCUUCUGCAAGAAGUUUGAACUUACAUCUUCUUUUACUACCUUAGGAAUACUAGUGAAUAAAACAUUAAUUCAAAGAGCAAAUGAUAGAAACUACAAUGAUGUUUAAUGCAAACUGUAGGAAUUUACAUGUUUACAAAUCAUCUUAAACUGGUUGUGCAGCAAUCCAAUAAAAUAUCUUUGUAUUAUAAAAAUGUGAAGAAAACAAUGUAAACUGAUGUAAAGGAGGUACUGUCAUUUUAAUUAACCCAUGUUUAAUAGCUUUUCCUUCUGGACUUUGCAAAGCCUUCCCGGGAAACACGUUGCAAAGCGCUCUGGGAGGCCCGGCCUCCGUGUGUACUGUAUUGUGCAGACAUUAAAACAAGCCCGUUUACUGUGUACGUGUAAAUAGCCUGCUCACCAGGCCAUUUCAGCCAAUAGUCCCAUCUGGUGCAGCUUUGCACACAAGACUUAGGGUGUGGUUUGUAAGUAUGAUCUGUAAAAUAACUGGGAUGAAUUCCUAUGUACACCAGUGUAAAUAGAUUUGUUAACUGAAAUGUACUUUAAGAAAAGAUAAAAAUCUGUAAAUAAACUGAUUUAUAAAUUAA